GGGACAGAUAAUCACAAGUAUUAAAAUACAGCACUGUGAGGUUUAUAUUGUCUGCAGCCUAAGACAAGAUUGAACAGGAAUAGCUGUCUUCAGAAGAAGAGGUCUUACAGGAUGAGUCUACGACAUGCAUUCAAGUCCCGAUUUCUGGACAGUAAAGGCGAUAGUGAUGUGGUGGUGAAAGGGUUUCGUUCUUUGGAAAAAGAAGAGGAAGCCAAAAUGACCUGCAGUUUUGAUGAUGAUGAGGAGCCAACAGAAUGCAUGUCCUCAGUGACAGAAGAAACCCGUGACUCAGACCACAAAUCCAAGAAGAUGGACGAGAGCACAAAAACAGCUUCAGUCCCUGAUGACAGUGUUGCCAUCUAUGAGUCACAAUUGACACAACUCCAGGAGCAGCUGGUGGAGACCAUGAUAGAGAACCAGAACUUGAAGAGAGAAUUGGAGUUGAUGAAAGAUGCUGAUAAGGUAAAGAAACUGGAGAAGAACUUGGAAAUACAGACGGGGAAAAACAAGUACCUUGCAAGGAAAUUAGAAGUGUUACAGAGGAUGAGAGAUGCUGAACUCAAGUCGCAGUGGGUUGAUUUGUCAGAAGAGGCAACUGAGACAUUUGUACAAGUUCCUGAAGACACAGUCCCAGAGGCUGAGGGCUGGUUUGGCAGGAUAAAAACUCGAUUAUUCUGGACAUUCUACGACAUCUUGGAUGAUUUUAGAGAGGAAGAAACCAAUGACCAGGAGAUAGAAGAGGAGCCACUGGCCGUGAAAAAGCUCAAGAAGAAUGUGAAGAGAUUUGGCAAUUCUUUCAAGGAAAUCCUCAGCACAAUAAAAGGUCUUAACCUGCUCCUGAGCUGGAAGUCCCCAGCUAAAACUCUGCUAGUUUUCCUGAGUUACCUGUACUUUCUUUCAAUGGGCUGGAUCCUACCUGGUAUAUUAUUCCUGAUGGUGUUCAGACUUUUCAUCAGUUAUCUUCAGUACAAGGGUUUUAGGAUUGAACUUCAUUACUUCAGAGUGGUGGAAGACAAAGAUGAUUCUGAAGAAAAAGAAUUGGGUGUGGCAGAUAAAUUCAAUAUUGUAGUACAGGUAGCUACGAAAGUACAGAAUACCUUAGGUUUACUGGCAGAUCAAAUGGAAAAGUUGAAAAAUUUGUUGACUUGGCAGGAGCCAGAGCAGACACAAAGAUUGUUUGGUGUGCUAGUUGCCUUAUUUAUUGCCUCUUGUCUUCUUCCUGGCAGAAUUUUCUUUUUUAUAGCAGGUCUGCAGGUUGGAUUCAAGUUAUUUAUCCAGGACCCAAUAUUUAACCGAUUCCCUCGUGUUAAAGAGAAGUAUGAUACAGUUUACAAAAUGUGGAAGAUUCUUCCUACUGAUGAUCAGCUGCAGAAGAGAGACAGCAGAGCCAAGAUGCUAAAGCUGUUGUAG